GAGAGAGAGAGAGAGAGAGAGAGAGAGAGAGAGAGAGAGAGAGAGAGAGAGAGAGAGAUGAGUAAUAGUAAUAGCAGGAGGAUGCCUUUGGCAACACUAUUAGAAGAACCCAUUGAUGUAGAUGAAGAUGGAGAGUACAAGCAUCAUAGCAUAUGGUCCUCAUCAUCCAAGAAAGCUCAAACAUGGCGUAAUUGGCUCAAAACUCAUAUCUUUUUGGCCAAUAAACACAAAUCCAUCAAGUAUCAUAACAUUCUUCUAAGUGUUUUGGGUUGCCCUCUUGUUCCUGUCUCCCUCCUCCCUCCCAAAAUACCUUUUUCUCAGGUCUCAUCAUCGGCACAAUACAUAAUACAACAUUUCACGGCGGCCACCGGUUGCCGGAAACUUGAAGGAACAGUAAGGAACAUGUAUGCCACCGGAAAAGUUACCAUGGCCAUGGUGGAGGAGCUCAGCCCAAAUGGAUCCACCACCAAUACCAUUAGUAACAUCGGAGUGCCACAAAAGGGUUGCUUUGUUAUGUGGCAAAUGGUGCCAAAUAAGUGGCUAAUUGAGCUUGCUGUUGGCGGAAAUAAGGUGGUCGCCGGAAGUGAUGGUAAUGUUGCUUGGCGGCAUACACCGUGGUUAGGCUCUCAUGCCGCCAAAGGUGGUGUUCGUCCUCUCCGCCGUGCUCUUCAGGGCUUAGAUCCUAUGGCUGUGGCAGGUGUAUUCUCCCUAGCACAAUACAUGGGAGAAAAACAAAUUGGUGACGUGGAUUGCUUCGUUUUAAAAAUAUCAGCAGAUGAUGUUGACCUGGCAGACCGAAGUGACAACACAGCAGAAAUGAUCAAGCAUGUAAUGUUUGGUUAUUUUAGCCAAAAGAACGGUUUACUAGUGCACUUAGAAGACUCUUACUUAACUAGGGUUCAAACCCCUGGUUCAUUCCCUAUGUAUUGGGAAACCUACAUGGCAACAAAAAUUGAAGACUAUAGACUCACUGAAGGUGUAAUGAUCGCACAUUCGGGUCAAUCAGAUGUGAUCAUCACAAGAUUUGGGGAUAACUUGAGGGCGGGACCCGUUAUCACUAGGAUGGAGGAGAAGUGGACAAUUGAUGACUUGGCAUUCAAUGUCCCUGGAUUGUCAAUGGACUGUUUUAUCCCUCCGGAAGAAUUACAUAAAGAUUAUACCGAAGAAAAUCUUGAUUGGAGAUCAAAUUUAAAUUUAGACGGAUCAUCUUCUUCUUCAUGA